CUACAGUCACAUCCUCUACAUUGUGUUGAGCUUCACACAGCUGUCACAGCCUCCAGCCCACUUUGGUAAAGGAGAAUCCAGAUCUUCUAGAAAACAUGGACUUCAACGGAACAUGGCAGGUCUACGCCCAGGAGAACUACGAGGAGUUCCUCAGGGCAAUGGAACUUCCAGCAGAUGUCAUCAAGAUGGCCAAGGACAUCAAGCCAAUUACUGAGAUCAAACAGAAUGGCAAUGACUUUGUUGUCACCUCCAAGACCCCUGGAAAGACUGUGACCAACUCCUUUACCGUCGGCAAGGAGGCUGAAAUCACCACCAUGGACGGCAAGAAGAUCAAGUGCGUCGUCAAUCUGGAGGGUGGCAAACUGGUCUGCAAAACCGGCAAGUUCUGCCACAUCCAGGAGCUCAAGGGAGGAGAGAUGGUUGAGACUUUGAGCAUGGGCUCAACAACUCUCAUCAGGAAGAGCAAAAAGAUGUAACCUCGGCAGUGAAAGAAACCAAUGUCUAUUUAAAUAAAAAAAGAGUUGCUUAAUAA